AUGGGUGACAAUUACUCAGAAAUUCAUAAUAGAAUGAGCAAGAAGAUAGCCCAGCUCACCAAAGUCAUCUAUGGAUUGCAUAUCCGUAAUGAAGAGAACAAGAGCUUCCGCCAAGCACUAACUAAGGCUCAUGACAAGGAGAUUGACACUAUCCUCAAGGAUGCCAAUCGGAUCGUUGGGAAAUAUAAGGUCGCAUUGGAAAAGCAGCAGGACCAGGCAGAUAUCAAGGCAAAGUUCAAUGAGCUAGAAAAAGAGAAAUCUGAGUCUCAACAUAAGUUCAUGGAGUACAAACAACAAGCUAUAGACAAUGAAAAAUAGACUUAGCCUGGAUUACAAAGAUAAAAUUGAAGGUUUGAAAUCGGAAGUUGUCAAAGCCAAGUCCAACUUUGAGUCAAGACUUGAAGACCUAAAGAAGCAACUCUCUAGCGCUCAGAACAACUCCGAAGCUCUUGAGGAGCUGAAGAUAAAACAUGCUAAGGAGAUGGCAGAACAUGUGAGAGAAAGCAACCAGAAGUACAACCAAUUAUAUCAAGAGAAGCUUGACCAAGAGGAUUCUCUCAGAAGUCAGUUUGAAAAAGAAAAGAAGAAGGUCAUUGCUGAAUACGAGCAUAAACUCAAAGAGCUAGAAGACAGGAUCAGAAAAGAAGAGCAGAAUAAAUUUCAGAAGGAAAUGUCUGAAUUCAAAGCCAACAUGAACAUGGCUCUUGAAGAAAUGAAAAAGAAGAAACAAGAGGUUGAAGCUAAAUCUGCUCAACUUAAAAUGGACCUUGAGUCUCAAAUUAGAGAUCUUGAAUUUACUGUUACCAAUAAAGAUGGUGAAAUAUCAGCAUUAAAGAGCAGAAUCAGUAAUUUAGAGGACACUAUUCAGUCAUUGAAAUCAGAUCAAAAUGAUCAAGGAGCCAAGUACAGUGAGAUUCUGGAAGAUCUUCAAAACGCUAAGGAUACAAUAGCUGAUCGAGAUAGAGAAAUCGAAAAUCUCAAAAAGGAGCUCGAUAAAGCCAAUGCACUCUUAGAGCAAAAACAAAGAGAAUUUGAUGAAGAGCUGAAACGUCUCAGAGGAAACAUGGAUUCUAAUUCAAACUCUCUUCAGAUAGAGAUUGAUGAAAAGAAUAGAACUAUAGUCGACCUAGAAAAGCAAAUAAGAGAGCUCACACUUCAGCUAAGUGAUAGUGAGAAGAACUAUGAAAAACUUGAGCAAAAAUCAGCUAAAACAGAAGCGAAGCUCAGGGAUAAGAUAGAAAAGCUUGAAGAGCAAAUUAAACUACUUCAGACUGACUCUUCUGGCCAGCUCCAAAAACUCCAAGAGGAGAUGCAAAAGAUGAGAGAUAGCUUCAAAGAAGAGAUCGCACUUCUAAAGCAAGACCACUCUAACGAAAUUCUAAGAAAAGAUGAGGCACAUAAAGCAGCCUUUGAAGAAAAGAUCGAAGAAUAUGAGACUAGAAUCAAAGAAUUAAUCGAAAAAUAUGAAACCCAAAUCAGAGAACUUACAGAUCAAUAUGAAGAUAAGAUGAGAGAUCUCGAAGAAAAGUUAAAAAAAGAGAAAGAAUCUCUCAGCGGUGAUCUAGUAGAGAGAGAAAAUCAGCUAAAAGCUGAGAUUAAUAGUCUCAAAGAUACUGUUCAAGCUAAAGAUGCUGAGAUUUCAAACUUGAAAGGAAUCAUCACAGGAAAAGAUGAUGAAAUUGAGAAUCUCAAGUCUGAAAUCGAUAAGCUGAAUAACCAAAUUCAGGAGCUCAACACUAAGAUAAAAUCCUUAUUGGAAGAAAUAGACAAGCUACAUGCAUCUGCUGAGAAUAGUUCAGGAAUGCUGCAACAAGAAAUCGAGAAACUCAGGGCACAAAUGAAAGAGAAUGAAGAGUAUGCCCAGAGAACCCUCAAAGAGACUACACAAAGACUAAACUACGAAAAAGAUAAUGAAAUAAAAGAAUUAACCGAGAAGUAUGAGAGAAUGCUUGCUGAUGUCCGCCAGCAAGGAGAUAGCUCUAGAGCUGAGCUAGAAAAGGAAUACAGGGAUCAGAUCACAUCUCUACAAGCCCAAAUAGAUGAACUCAAUAUCAAACUAUCAAGCCUCGAUUCAGAUCAUAACGAUAAGCUCAAGAAGCUCACUGAAGAGUACGAAGAAAGAAUCAAGAAAAUCAAGGAAGGCUCUUCAGGAGAACUCUCAAAGAUAAAAUCUGACUAUGAAAACCAGAUCAAGAAGUUAAAAGAAGAAUUUGAGAAGGAAAAACAGAAGCUUAUAGAGGAACACAAGAGAGAACUUGAAGCCCUCAAGCAAAAACUCACUCAAGAGAAAGAAGAAGAGCUAGCAAAAAUGACUCAGAAUAAUGAAAAGAUGUUGAAACAAAUGAAUGAUAAUUUUAAAAAGACUCUAGACAAGGCUAAGAAAGAUCAUGAGAAGAAGAUUAGUGCCCUUAACGAAGAACAUACUCAAGAAAUCAAGCAAAGAGACGAAGAAAAAGAUCAACUCCUCCUGGAGAUUGAAGAGCUAAAGAAGCAAAUUCAAGAAAUCACUGCUGAAAAACAAAAACUUCAAGGAUUAAUAGAUGUAGAGGUAGAAGCAAGAAAGGAAGCAGAGUCUCGUAUCCAAGGAGCUAUUGAUAAAAUGAACCAAACCAUCGAGGAAUAUGAUGCUAGGACUAAAGAACUCGAAAGUAGUUAUGCCACUAAAGAAGCUUCUCUCAAGCAGCAACUCAAGGAACAAAUGGAUUCAUUGAUCAAAGAGCAUGUAGAAGAUAUGGAAGCUAUCCAGCUCGAUUUCCAAAAGACUCAGGAACUUAUGGAAGAGAAGUACAGCCAACUUGAGCAUAGAUUUAAUGAAAUCCAGAAUUUGUACGAUAACAGGCCUUCUCGUCCUGAAGAUUUAGAAAUAAUCAAGCAGUUACAGCUUGAGAUCGAUCAAAAAGAUAACCUGCUCAAAAAGGCUGCUGAAGAUAUGAAAUUCUACAAGCUAGAAUUAGUAAACAGAGAGAAUAGUUACAAUAAGAUGUUCGGUACCAAUCCAAAUGUAGGGGUGAUGGAUCCAAGAAUGGCUAUCAAGAAAUAA